UUUAUGACUGAGCAAGAGAGCGAAGGUUGGGUUGUCUUUAUGAAGGAACAGAAGAGCGGAGAGGGAAAGAGUGUCUGGACUUGAAGAGAGACGUUUCCCUGCGCUCGUGCUUGUAACAAGAGGAUUCUCUGCGGGUCUGAAUUUUUUUCUGGAACGAGACUAUCCUAUUCGUAAGGCUUCAGGAUGUCAGGACCUAUGGAGAUCACCGGGUUUCUGAUGGCAAUAGCAGGGUGGAUGCUGUCUGGAUUCUCUUUGGCAAGCAAUUACUGGAAGAUUUCAACCAUUCAGGGAAGCGUGAUCACGAGCUCCAGGCUGUAUGAAAAUCUGUGGAAGUCUUGCGCCCAGGACAAUACUGGUGUUUUCAACUGUCGAGAGUUUGAGUCUCUGCUUGGCCUAUCUUCCUACGUUCAAGCAUGUCGUGCCCUGAUGAUCAUUUCUAUUAUUUUGGGAGUUUUGGGCACUCUGAUGGCUUUGUUCGGGCUGAAAUGUACCAACAUUGGGGCAACGGACGAGACUAAAAAAGGAAAGAUUGCCCUGUCUGGUGGGCUUGUCUACGUUUUUGCAGGUGUUUGUUGUUUAGUACCAAUUUCCUGGUACGCCUUCAAUGUCACUCAAGAUUUCUACAACCCCAUCUACGCUGGGACCAGGUAUGAGUUAGGAUCUGCUCUCUACAUUGGAUGGGCAGGAGCAAGUCUGCUCAUCCUUGGUGGCUCAUUCUUGUGUUGCUCUUGCAAAAGGAAUCCAAAAGGCUACAAAUAUUCUGCUCCCAAGAGUGGUCAACGGAUCUACACAAAGUCGGAAACAUCUCAAUCAAAGGCCUACGUCUAAACCAAGAAGUCAACAAAAAUUUUUACCUUUUAUGUUACUCAGAUCUCAGAAACUCUUAUAGAAAAAACAUUUGUAUUUUGUCAAAAUCAUAUAGCACUCUGUGAAGCAUUUAAAUACGUAGACUAGAUUUCCAUUUGGCAGUACUGAAUAUUUUGCAUGUUCUAUCAAUGACAAUGCCAGACUUUUUCCUUUUUAAAGCUAUUAAAAUAAUCAUGGCCUAGUAGACUCAGUAGUUUUGGACUCCCAAGUCCAGAAAGUUUUGCGUGUUUAAAUCGUAUAUCUUUUUAAUAUCUCAUGCCAGAAUAUCUCUGGAUAGAGUAUAUAGUUUCAGACUUGAAAUGUGCAUGCAACUGCCAGGAUAGUGGAAGGCGAACUGUGGGACCUUUGUCUGUUUUCGCCUUGCAACUUCUUAUGUUCUUGUGAAUACAAAACAGCCAGAGCGAUUUUGUGGUAAUUCGCUGCAAAGUUCUCAAAGAAGCUAACCUGCAACUGAGAAACUGUAGCCUUUAUCUCCUCCAGCUAUGCUUUCAAUUAAAUUUGUUAUAUGUGAUUUACUUACUUUUUUUUCCCUACACAUAUGCUCUUUCCUGAGUUUUGCAUGGAUCACAGUACUGACCUCAUUUUGUAGUCUUUUUGUAUGUGGGUAGUUUUAUUUGCUUUCAUUAGCAAAAAAAAAUUGUAGAUCUGUAAAUGCUUCAAUUAACUCUAACAUUCUUGCUGAAUUUGUAAGAUACAUAAUAAAAUUUUUAAAACUA